GUACAUCACAGGCCUACGUUGAGCUGUCGAACUAGACCAAGGUCUCGGCAGUACACCUCUGGACAAUUUAGUCAUGGCGAAGAGAACGGGUUCGAGGCUGAAGAGCGAUAAUGAGUUCAUGAAUGUUCAGCAGUUGUACGCGUUCAAUCCAUCAUUCAAAGACAGCAAAAACUUUAUGAGCUGUCGACUCGAAAAGGGUCAGUUGUCUAGCGGAGUGCAGAGAGUCAAAGACAAUAAGGAUCGUCAUUACGAUGACAAUCUCGACCGUAACUCGGGCAACGAACUUGUGGCGAAGGGUCCGGGAUCCAGGCUUGCAAGUGAUGCCGAUUUCUGGGAAACGAAACCAGAACGAUUGCCAACCAGCAACAAUAACUUUGGGGGACUCAGCGUUUGGUGUGAUAAGAACAGUAUCUCCAGAUUAACAGAUAAAGUGCGUGUGGGAGACAGGCUUGAGUUCAUCAAUAGCAAUCUGCCGCGUGCGCACUGGGGCAUCUACGUCGACGAACUGAAGUUCUUGCCGUGGAGUGUAGUCCACUUCAUUCCUGGCACCAAAGAAGGGAGAGCAUACUCAGCUUUGACGACUUACUUGCACAUCAGUCUCCCAUCGAGUAAUGGUGCACUCGUUGUUAACUCCAUCUAUAAAUUUGUCAGUUUGCCAGGCGAUGAAGUAAGGAUUAACAACUCGACGGAUAAACAUUGGCCACCAGUCAGCACGGGACAUAUUCGCAAGGAAAUCUCGUAUCAGCUGAAAGACAUACACAAGUGGUCUGUACUCCAGCAAGUGUACGUGCACUUGUGCAGAGUUUCGUUCAAAGAGAGUGAGGACUUUGUGGACUACUGUCGAUACGACAGAGAUCACCAGCAUUACAUGUGCCUUCUCAACGGCGAGAAAGUCACCGAAUGGUAUAGUAAGAGUAGUAUCGAUUACUUUAUUAGUGAGGUUCGCGUAGGAGACAGGCUGGAGUUCGCCGGACGUCAAUCUCCGUACGAUCGCUGGGGCAUCUACAUCGGCCAGUGGGGGGUCAACUUUGAGCAGGUAGCUCUCGUCACCCCGAGCGACGAAAACGACGAAACCAGCUCAGGAGCGACUCUUUCGAGUAUUGGGUCUUCAGCGAAACCUAAACAAGAACUUCGUGUCAAAUCCAUAGGGACAGUUCUCGGAAACGAUCAAGUCAGAAUCAACAACGAAAGAGACCAUACCUUGCCACCUUUAGUCAGGACAGACAUCUUGGAUGAAAUCAACCGUCUGUUGCCGGGCAAGACGCACAGGUACGCAUGCAAGGUUUCGUUUAAUAAUGCUAAGGACUUUGUCAACUACUGUCGAUACGAAGACUGGCGCAUUAACUUCGGGCUAGUCAGCGACUGGUGCGAAUCAGGACAGUCAUUGCCGCAGUUGCAUGUGGGUGACAGGCUAGAGUUCAAUCGCACUGCCCUGCCGUACACGCACUGGGGCAUCUACGUCGGCGACUGGGGGGAUGACCACCACCAAGUGGUCCACUUAGCCCCGGCUGACGGAAACGGGAAAAUCUUCUCCAAGAAGAAGAGUUCUGGUUCAGGUCCCUCAUCGAAAAACCGACCUGAAGUGUGCGUAAACAACAUCUGGGCUGUCACCGGAAGCGAUAAGGUCAGAAUCAACAACAUCAGAGAUGAGACCUGGCCACCGUUAGUCAGGACAGCCAUAUUGGAUGAAAUCGUGCAUCAUUUGAAAAGUCAAUCAGAUGGCCACAAGCCGAUGUACAACUUAUUUCGCAACAACUGCGAACACUUUGUGAACCACUGUCGGUAUGGGAAACACCACAGUGACCAGGUGAGCCUCUUUUCCAUAGUCCGUGAUCUCUGGAAGACUCAGGCCAGUAAAGACAGUACGAGCAACUGAGAUGGGAUGCAUUCAGCAGUCAUCUCUGAACCAUGGAAAUGCCGGAGUAAUACUGGAAUCACAGAGGAUCAGGAAGAGGCAUAUGCUUGACCAUAGACUUCGCACACGAACGGUUGAGGGCGUUUUGUCAUCAAUCAAGAGAGGUCCAAUGGACGUCGGGUGCAUGGGACACACCGCGUGCACCCACUGGUUCCCGUUGUAUUGAGUGUUUUGGGGUCGCGUAGGGCAAUCAUAGUUGUACCCUCUCUGUUUAGCUGUCUAACGGACUUACUGUCUCACUGACUGGCACUGUUGUGACCCAGCUGUUGACUGGUGAAGAGAGCCGGGCAGUGCUGUCUGACAGGGUCACCGACGUAAUGCCAAAGUGAAUGUGCUAAAUCAGUGUAGACCAAAUGAAUCAAAAGACUUCCAGUGAACCAGUUUAGUUGAAGACCAAUGGUACCUAUGCCGUCUAUCGAAUGAGCGAUAGGUGAGAUUUGACCCUGAUCGCAUGAGACCAUCUGCAAUACAUGCAUAAUAUUGACUGGUGUUUUCUAGUUAAAGCUAUAGUCCAUCAUUUGCAGCUAUCCGAAAAGUAGCUGGCGU